AUAGCACUGUGUAUGAUAAGACCAUGCUGCCAUCCGACUAAGUUUUCCCUUACUGCAUCCCCAACCCCAUCAAAAAACACGUGUGUACAAACUUUGGAGACAGGUCGGCAACUCUUGGAACUGAUUCGGGAGUGAGUUUAUGUCGUCUUGAUGCCGAUUUUACAGUUUUCCGAUCUGGGUGUGCGCCCAGUGAUAGGCCAUGCCAGAACAACUUGUCAUUGUGAACAAAAAACGCAGGGAGAUUGAACGGUUCAAGUCGCCUAGGAAAAUACCUAGAGCCCGGUAAGUUACGUACGAUGGAGAGUGCUGGAUGUAAGGAUGGUCCUGGGAAUAAUGUUGGUGUUGGUUCGAAGCUGAGAUCGCCCAGCAAAGUGAAUGAUUCUCACACAAUGGACUCUUUUCAAGAUGGUGGCCAGCAAAACAUGAGCUCGGAGCAGAACGAUUUUCCACCACCUCUGGAUGGUCCUCAUAUGAAUUCUGAGAUGAAUAACUACCCACCAGGGCCAGGGGACCAAGGAAUGCCUCCCGAGGGGUUUGGCCGAAUAAACGAAGGUAUGAACCCUGGGCAGAUGCAAGGAUUCGGUUAUAACCGAGGGAAUUAUAACAUGGGAGAUCAACAUGGCGGUUUGAAUAUGGCAGGAAGUCCGGACUACGCAGCACAAGGCCCACAAUAUCACGGACAGUACCCACAAACAGGGAUGAGAUCGGGCUACCCCACGGGCCCUAAGCCUGGUAUGGGUCAUGUACGACCGGGGAUGGGCUCCCCGGGCAUGGGGAUGAUGCCCCCUGGUUAUAAUUCGGGUAACCCUCGCAUGAUGUCGGGCCAAAGUAUAGCCCAGCAAGGAGGACCUACCCCGACCUUAAACCAGCUUUUACAGACUCCAAAUACAUCCCAGAGAUUUCAGAAUAGUUACAAUGAUUACGGAGGGGGUCCCCAGAAAACUGGGGGUGAUAUGGGUGGUGGUGAUCCUCCCUAUGGUGUCCAACAGGGGUGGGGCUCCCAGCGCCCCAUGAACCCAUAUUCGCAAGGACCGAUGUCAGGAAACGUUCCAUACAGAAAUCCGAGUGGGCCAAUGCCUCCUGAGAUGAACCAGCAGAGGAGGCAGCCAGGGAUGCCUCCUUCCUACCCCUCUCAAAGUGGCCAGUACCCGGGUGGCCAGCAGUUCUCUCCUAACUCCCAACCCCAGCGCUAUGGCAUGAUGUCCACCCCAGGGAGGAUGAUGCCCGGGCAGAUGGGACAGAUGAACCAGUCGUACAAUCAACAGAUGACAUCUCAGUAUGGUCAUCAUCAUCAGGGAGCAAUGGGCUACAAUAACCAGUCGAUGACACCUCAGCAACCAGCACCACCUCUCCAGCAACAGUCCCCACAACCUGGGCCUCCAGUGUCCCAGUCAGGCGGCCCCUAUCUGUCACCCCCGCAGGCAGGCUCUCACCCACCCACGUCAACGGGCAACUCUGGGAGCAGCGGCAGCCCUUCGUCACAGUCGUCACCGCAACCAGCCCAGCAUAGAGUGACCCCGCCACUCGUCAAACCCCAUGCAUUGAAACCUCACCACGCCAGCUUCAUACUACAGCAACAACAACAGCAGCAGUCUGUGUCCCAGAGCCAUCCCCAUCAACCACAACACCAGCAGCAGCAGGCUCCACAGGCUGCGAGUGAAUCAAGCCCAGAGGGAUUCAGUAAUAGCAGACCCUCAAAACAGACCAACCAAGACAAUGACAUGGAGGUGAAUUCCAAUUUUGAUGAGAACAGUGAUGGGGGUAGAUUAAGUACCCCUCCGACAUCAUCUUCAGGCCCUCAACACCCAGUGGUAUCCUCUCUGCGACCCGUCACAUCGCCUGCUGGUUCCACUGGAUCACGCUCAAACACACCGGCUUCGUUAACAGGCACACAGACUGGCAGUCCUAUGCCGCCACGCCCUCCUUCCAGACAGCUAGAUGGACAGAGUCGCAUGAGCAGUAAUCAGUCACCCAUGCCUACUAGUUACAAUCAACAAAUGAUGCCCCCACCAUUGGGCCCCAAUCAGAUGGGGUAUGGUGCAGGGAACAAAAUGGGCAGUGGCCCACAAAUGGGCUCUCAAAUGGGCCAGAUGGGGCAUUUUCCUCAAUAUAACUCACAGUUCCAUCAAGGUAACUAUCCUCGUCAGGCAGGUCCUGGUCCUGGUCCAGGCCCAGGUCCUGGUUCAGGCAUGCAGGGCUAUGGUGGUCCCCACCAGAACAGCUUCAAUGGACCCAGUCAGAUGCCCCCGGCCAGCUCCAUGUAUGGCAAUAUGAACAGGAACAUGCCCAAUAUGCCUAACAUGCCCAAUUCUGGCUAUUCCAAUUCCUUCAACCAGGGAAAUAAUAUGCACAUGGGAAUGGGUAACCAGUAUGGGAAUUUUAACACGUCGAACAGUCACUCGACCCCGGGCACAAACUCGGCCAUGGGAAUGAACUCUAUGGGACCGCCGAUGAAUAGUGGCAUACCGAACAUGAGCAGCCCAGGUGGCCCGCCCACUUCAGCUAAAGGUGCUCAGGCUGCUGCCCAGGCGGCCAUGCUGGCUGCAGCCAACUCUGCGGUCAAUCGUCCACAGCCGAGUGUACGGCCCAGUACCACCCCCAUGACCAACCACCAGAGGAUGUACACGCCCCAGACCAUGAACCAGAUGGGUUCCAUGGGCCACAUGAACUCUAUGACAGGAGGCUAUCCCGGUAUGAAUCAAAUGUCGAACUCCCAGCCUAUGAGCCAAAUGCCUAACUCCAUGUCUCAAUCUCCAGUGCCUAGUUCUAUGAACCAGAUGCCCAAUUCAAUGUCCGAGGCUGGGGGCAUGUCCAGCAGUUCAGGUAUGCCCAUGAUGCCCCAUUCUACCAUGUCAUCAUCAGUGAAUAUGCCAAACUCUAACAUGCCCAAUAUGAGCAUGCCCAACACUUCCACACCUCAUUCAGGCAUGCCCGGGGUGUCGAAUAUGCCUUCACACUCCUCACACAUGCCUAAUGUAGGUAUGCCCCACCACUCAGGUUUUCCCACAAACUCUAGUAACCCUUUGUCCAAUAUGGCCAAUAUGAGUGCUGGAAUCAUGUCCUCCAACCCGCCAGGCAGUGGCAUACCCAAUACCAGCAUGUCAAACAGUUCAGUGGCUUCUAGUGUUAAUUCAGUGUCCUCGGAUUCGGGCGUUUCAUCCAUGGGCUCGGGGAAAAUGUGCUCUUCAAGUUCCAGUGGUUCAGGACCUACGCCACCUCUAUCGGCAGACAGCAAACCCCAGAAUAGUGCUAACCCAGCUUCCAGUAUGGGUCAGUCUGGCCCUAUAGAGCAUACAGCUGGAUCAGCCCACACUAGUGCCCCGACUACGCCUGCCUCGGCCCCGGUGCCCGCCUCACAGGGCCUCCAAGUCUCUGGUCCUCCGACCAGUGUACCCUCUACCAGUGCACCCCUCAACUGUACAGCGCAAAGUGGUGAGGAGGUCAAGCCAUCAACAACAACAGCCACUACUAAUUCAGUAACUACCUCAACCGUGGUGACACAGAGUAUAACCAGCCCAGUGACGAGCAUUGCUGAGAACAGCAAUAGCAGCAGUACAGAUGCUCACUCAGAAAACAUGGUCAACUUGCCCGUUGUGUGUACACCAGCUGUCGUAGAAGAUACGCCGGACAAAAAGAAAAAGGAGAGUGUAAGCCUGCCACAAACCCCUGUUGGCAUAGCCCCGUCGCCAGGCACCGCGAGUGUGUCGUCCUUUCAUGAGGAAUUUGACAACAUUAGCAGCCCCAGUUGGCCUGGCACACCAAAGUCCAGCACGCCUGACCUGAGUAAGCUGUUUGAAAUGGGAGAUGAGCCCAACAGGCGUCCCUUCCUGGAAAAAUUAUUCCAGUAUUUAGAGGAAAAAGGAAACCCUGUGACUGCCAUGCCUUCUAUUAGCAAGCAGCCAUUAGACUUGUACAAAUUGUAUUUACAAGUGAGAGAGAAAGGAGGGAUGGUAGAGGUGACGAAAACAAAAAAGUGGAAAGAAAUCUGUGGUGUGGUGAACAUUGGGGCCUCUGCUAGUGCUGCCUUUACGCUGAAGAAAAAUUACAUCAAAUACCUGUUUUCUUACGAGUGUAAAUUCGACAAGGGGGGGAUUGAUCCUGCCCCUAUCCUGGCCCAAAUGGAGGCUGCGCUCCAGCAGAAAAGGGAAAGUAAGAACCGGGCUCGAGCACCCUCACCAGGUAGGAUAAAGCAGAUCCGAAUCUGUAACUAUCCUCGUCAGGCAGGUCCUGGUCCUGGUCCAGGCCCAGGUCCUGGUUCAGGCAUGCAGGGCUAUGGUGGUCCCCACCAGAACAGCUUCAAUGGACCCAGUCAGAUGCCCCCGGCCAGCUCCAUGUACGGCAAUAUGAACAGGAACAUGCCCAAUAUGCCUAACAUGCCCAAUUCUGGCUAUUCCAAUUCCUUCAACCAGGGAAAUAAUAUGCACAUGGGAAUGGGUAACCAGUAUGGGAAUUUUAACACGUCGAACAGUCACUCGACCCCGGGCACAAACUCGGCCAUGGGAAUGAACUCUAUGGGACCGCCGAUGAAUAGUGGCUUACCGAACAUGAGCAGCCAGGUGGGCCCGCCCACUUCAGCUAAAGGUGCUCAGGCUGCUGCCCAGGCGGCCAUGCUGGCUGCAGCCAACUCUGCGGUCAAUCGUCCACAGCCGAGCGUACGGCCCAGUACCCACCCCCAUGACCAACCACCAGAGGAUUUCUAUGAACCAGAUGCCCAAUUUCAAUGGUCCGAGGCUGGGGGCAUGUCCAGCAGUUCAGGUAUGCCCAUGAUGCCCCAUUCUACCAUGUCAUCAUCAGUGAAUAUGCCAAACUCUAACAUGCCCAAUAUGAGCAUGCCCAACACUUCCACACCUCAUUCAGGCAUGCCCGGGGUGUCGAAUAUGCCUUCACACUCCUCACACAUGCCUAAUGUAGGUAUGCCCCACCACUCAGGUUUUCCCACAAACUCUAGUAACCCUUUGUCCAAUAUGGCCAAUAUGAGUGCUGGAAUCAUGUCCUCCAACCCGCCAGGCAGUGGCAUACCCAAUACCAGCAUGUCAAACAGUUCAGUGGCUUCUAGUGUUAAUUCAGUGUCCUCGGAUUCGGGCGUUUCGUCCAUGGGCUCGGGGAAAAUGUGCUCUUCAAGUUCCAGUGGUUCAGGACCUACGCCACCUCUAUCGGCAGACAGCAAACCCCAGAAUAGUGCUAACCCAGCUUCCAGUAUGGGUCAGUCUGGCCCUAUAGAGCAUACAGCUGGAUCAGCCCACACUAGUGCCCCGACUACGCCUGCCUCGGCCCCGGUGCCCGCCUCACAGGGCCUCCAAGUCUCUGGUCCUCCGACCAGUGUACCCUCUACCAGUGCACCCCUCAACUGCACAGCGCAAAGUGGUGAGGAGGUCAAGCCAUCAACAACAACAGCCACUACUAAUUCAGUAACUACCUCAACCGUGGUGACACAGAGUAUAACCAGCCCAGUGACGAGCAUUGCUGAGAACAGCAAUAGCAGCAGUACAGAUGCUCACUCAGAAAACAUGGUCAACUUGCCCGUUGUGUGUACACCAGCUGUCGUAGAAGAUACGCCGGACAAAAAGAAAAAGAAGUCCAGCACGCCUGACCUGAGUAAGCUGUUUGAAAUGGGAGAUGAGCCCAACAGGCGGCCCUUCCUGGAAAAAUUAUUCCAGUAUUUAGAGGAAAAAGGAAACCCUGUGACUGCCAUGCCUUCUAUUAGCAAGCAGCCAUUAGACUUGUACAAAUUGUAUUUACAAGUGAGAGAGAAAGGAGGGAUGGUAGAGGUGACGAAAACAAAAAAGUGGAAAGAAAUCUGUGGUGUGGUGAACAUUGGGGCCUCUGCUAGUGCUGCCUUUACGCUGAAGAAAAAUUACAUCAAAUACCUGUUUUCUUACGAGUGUAAAUUCGACAAGGGGGGGAUUGAUCCUGCCCCUAUCCUGGCCCAAAUGGAGGCUGCGCUCCAGCAGAAAAGGGAAAGUAAGAACCGGGCUCGAGCACCCUCACCAGCUAAUUCUCAAGGAUCUCAAGAUGCAUUCCGACCAGCCAGCGCGCCCAACAGUCAGGGAAUGGAGUCCUUCCACCCAGGCAUGCAGCAGCCUACGGGCUACAUGGGCAACGAUGUAGGUAUGGGGCCAAUGGGCAACAGCAUGAUGCCACCCAACAGCAUGAUGAACAAUAUGGGUGGGGGCCUGCCAAACAUGCCCCCUCCUGGUGCCAUGGGCUCCAUGCAGCCCCAUCCCAUGGGUGCCCACCAGCCCAUGGGGGGCGGUGGCAACAUGCAAGGGACUAUGAUGCCUGGAAACAUGCCCCAGAACAGCAUGAUGCCUCACAACAACUACAACAUGCCACAAAACAAUAUGAUGGGGCCGGGUAGCAAUGGAAUGCCUCCCCCGCAGCCUGGUAAUGCCAGCAACAUGAUGCCGAACAAUGCGGACAGCGUCAGUGUGCAGGAUCCAUUUGCGGAUGAGCCGAACACUAACCCUAACACACAGUACCCCAGGUAUGGAGGGAACAACCAGAUGCCUUACAACUCUGGGAUGCAACCGCCCACAUCAAUGAACAACAGCUACAAUCAGUUUGGUAAUCGCGGUGGAAUGGGAGGCAGCAAUGUUCCUGUGCCACCCUAUAACAGCAGUGCAGGCCAUCCUGUUGCUAGCAACUACAAUGACACAAUGAAUCGUACCCCAAAUCAAACAGAACCUUUCAACGAGUCUUACCGUAGACCACCUGGGCCCCCUGGUCCCCCUGGGUCACAGUUGUCCACAGAUGGCUUCAGUGGCAACCAGUCGGCAGACCCCUACAGCAGUAAUAACUCCAGUCAGUUCAGUGGGAAUCGUAUGAAUCAGGCUGGUCCCACCAGUGGCCAGUAUCCUUUCGGGCAGCAGCAGUUUGAAAGGUAUGAGCAGCAAGGCUCAAUGGCCCCUCCUGGGAACCAGCCAUUCCGCUCACCUUCUCACCCCCAGCAGCCUAUGGGUGGUGUACCCCCAUCACAGCAGCACGGGCCCGACCAGAUGUACCCAGGCCGUUACAGCAGUCAGCAGGCCUCCCCCCGUCCUCCAAUGUCACAGCCCAACCAGUACAAUCAGCAAGCGGGCUUUCCAAAUCAGGGCUCUGGAUUUCCUACCCCAAGUAAGACCAUGAGCGGACCCGAUCAGUAUCAGCGCUACCCGACACCUCCUCCACCCCCACACCAGCAGCCGCCACAGCCCUCCACCCCUCAGUCUGCACAGUCCUCGCCAUUCCCCAGCCAAAGACCCAUUUAUGGCACACCGCCCAAGCGCUACUUGGAGCGCCCGGAAUACAACAUGCCACCAGCUUAUUGCCAGCAGCCGUCAAUGUACGGCGAGAAAAACACCAUGGGAUCUGGGUAUGGUCCACACCGCUCGGGUAUGCUACCUCCUCACCAUGACGGACAAAUGGCCGAAUCUCGCCGUGACAUGAGUGGAUGGUCACCCAUGCCUCGAUACCCUCCGCAGCACCCAGGCUCCCCUUAUUCAGGGCCCUCCAUGGGCAACAUUCCCCCGGGACACCAUUCUAAUAUGGCCAUGUAUAACAGACUUAACAGACAGAUGUCUCCUCAGAGAGAAAAGAUGGGCUACAUGUCACCUCCUAAGUUACAGAAGUCCGGAAUGAUACAGAAUACUCACUUUAUGCCGAAAAAGGAGAUCAUUUUCCCACCUGACAGUGUGGAAGCCAUCCAGCCUCUGUUGGCAAAACGGAAAAAGCUCACAAGCAAAGAUGUUGGUCCUAUAGAAGCUUGGAGGUUGAUGAUGGCCCUGAAGUCUGGCAUGUUAGCAGAGAGCACGUGGGCAUUGGAUACCCUCUCAGUGAUGCUGUAUGAUGACAACACAGUGGGCUACUUCGGUCUAAUUCAUCUUCCUGGAUUAUUGGAGGUGUUGAUAGAACACUUCCGCCAGUGCCUCGUUCAGAUCUUUGGUUUCUUUGAGGAACUUGAAAUUGGACGUGCGAAGAAGGCAGAAUCGCUGUCGCCGCGUAAAAAAUUAAAAGUCACGUCAGAGGACGAUGCUGAGGCUGAUGAGUCUCUGGAAAUGGACAUGAGCAGGGAUGAGAUUGAUUGUGACAGUCGAUUGGUAGUGCCAGAUCCUAAGGAAUUGAAAGACAGUUUUAAUUGGGAGAACUACACGUAUGUCACAAGGCAGGGGAAGUCUGUCAAAGUGGAAGAGAACUCAAAAGAUGCUGCUAUAAUGGCAGACACCAAACUCUGGGACACUUAUGUAGGGUUUGAUAGUGGCGUGCGUCACUGGAAAGUUGGGUGUGGGGAAACUACCAAACAUAUAGCGACGCAUUUUGAAAGUGAUGAUAACCUCUCCAUAAUGAAGGAACUGUUCUACCGCUGGAUUUCUAAAAAUAGCAUCUCCAGAGUCAAAAUGGAGAGGGAAUGUGAUGAGAAUAGCUCAGCAUCUACGGAAAAUUGUGAAUUAUUAGAAGAAUGUUCUAAAGAGAUGAAUGGAACUUCAACAGAGGACAGUGUUAAGGCGGAAGUACCUGAGGUAAACACUAAGGACUCCACAAAUAAUAAAAGCAAUUGUGUUUUGGACAGUAGUGAUCAUGUGAAAAACGAUUUCCUCAAAGUUCCCAUAAAAACUGAACCUAGUGAUCCAGACAACAACAAAAUGGAAGUGGAAACAGGCACUGAUAAGUCGUGUGUCAAUGGUGAAAGAAAGGACAAUAAAACAGAUGAGGGCAAGAAAACCGAGGAUUCUAAGGAGCCAGUCUCUGGUGACUCUAAGGAAGAUAGUGCCACGAAAUCAAAUGAGAAAGAAACAUCUGAUUCCACUGCCAAUUCCAGUGCAGACAAUUCCAUGAAAAGUGAAUGCCAAGACAAAGACAAUAGCAGCAGUAAGCCAUACCUGGCUUGUUUCUUCAGCUCUGAGAACACAAAGGAUUUACUACGAGGCUUCAAGAGGCCAUUAAAGGAAGAUCUAGAAGAGGAAGCUUACCAGAGGGACGAGCCUGCCCUUUGUCUUACCUCUGCUGCUCAGGAAGAAACCAGCCGGCGCUGCAUUUGUGUUUCAAACAUCAUCAGGAGUUUGUCAUUCAUUCCAGGAAACGAUAAGGAAAUGUCUAAACAUGCAGGACUCUUAUACAUUCUGGGCAAGCUCUUGUUGCUGCAUCACACCCAUCAAGUUCGCCCCAAGAAACGGCCAAAGCUUGACCAUGAUGACAGCGUAGCUGAGGACCUGGUUGACUUAACACACGGGGCCGAGGGUUGGUGGUGGGACUGUUUGAACGCACUACGGGAGAACACGCUGGUCACGCUGGCAAAUUUGUCUGGAAAGCUCAAUCUGUCCAAGUAUCCAGAGGAAAUCUGCCUGCCAAUUCUUGAUGGCUUACUUCACUGGUCUGUCUGUCCAUCUGCAUGUGCCCAAGAUCCCUUGCCCACCAUGCCAUCCACCUCCGUCCUGUCCCCCCAACGGCUUGUCCUGGAGACCAUGUGUAAACUUAGUAUUCAGGAGGCUAAUGUGGAUCUCAUGCUAGCUACUCCACCAUUUAGUCGUAUUGUACAGCUGUUCAGUAACCUCUGCAAACUGCUGGCUAACAAGAAGCAGCAAGUGACCCAGGAGUUUGCGAUCGUGAUGCUGGCGGCUCUGGUGCAAGGGGACAGCAGUGCUGCCAGAGCCAUUGCCAUGCAGCACCCUUGUAUAUCACUGCUCAUUGACUUCUUGGAAACGGCCGAGCAGAACGCCCUGCAAGUGGCCAACACUCACGGUGUGCAAAUGCUGCGCGACAACCCUGAGACAAUGGGCACUAGCCUGGACAUGCUUCGGCGUGCUGCAUCCACGCUAGUGCACAUGGCCCGCGUGCCAGAAAACCGGACUUUAUUUGUACAUCAUCAAAGUAGACUGUUAGCAUUAGUCAUGUCUCAAAUUCUUGACCAACAUGUGGCGCAAAUCUUGGCUGAGGUUUUGUACGAGUGCUCACAGUCCUGAACAGGCACAAAGAGUUAGUAUUUAUGUACAGUCAUUGUUUUCAGUGUGAUCACACCAUUGUUCAUCAUACACCUUCUCCUCUACAUUUUUACCAUAAUAAUCACUCUACCAGUGUUGUCCGGCGGUCCCUCUAUCAUGUAACAUACUAGCUGAGAAUUUGGGGUCCAGAUAUAUUCAUAUAUAUA